AUGAGGCCGUCACCAAGGCUGACGAGACUGCCACUGCUGCAGUUGAUGCUGUUGUUCCCGGCCUCAAGGAGAAGCGCCGUACAUCGCUCUUCGGCAACCUCGGUGGCAAGAAGGAGAAGAAGCCUGAAACCGAAGGUGAGGCCACCGAGGGUGAGACGAAGAAGUCUGGUCCCCUCGCCCAACUCUUCCGUAAGCCCAGCAAGGCUAUCAAGAAGGAUAAGGAGCCUACUGCCAACCCAGUCUCCGAGGCUGAGCCCAUUGCAGAGGAGCCUGCCACGGAGACUCCAGCUGCUACCACCACCACCGAGCAGGCUGCCAACGGUGAAGAUCCCAAGAUCACCGAGGCCCCCACUUCCUCUGAGCCCGCUCCUGUUGCUGCCACCCAACCCGUGCCCACUGCCGCAUGAAGAGCAGACGCCAGGACGAGCUCCGUUGAAAUCGAAAAGUGGUGGGACCAGCGGUAUUUGCACUGUCCUGGUUUGUCUACAGCAUAACGAUAUCAACCGAACAAACGAAUAA